AUGCCAAAGGCAAUCUCCAUUUCCAAGGUCGACGGGAAACCGGGACAGGUCUACUAUCCCCUUUCGCUGGAUGAGGUUCCAAAGCCUUCACCAAAGGGAAAGGAGGUCCUUAUCAAGAUCCAUGCCGCUGCAUUGAACCACCGCGAUCUUUUUAUCCGCCAACACUUGUAUCCGGGAACAGCAUUCGGUGUCCCUCUCCUAGCCGAUGGGUGCGGGACAGUUGUGGCUGUUGGCAAUGAAGCCAAUCCGAGCUGGAAAGGCAAGCGUGUUGUCGUGAAUCCCGGGACUGGCUGGAAGGACAGCCUGGAUGGACCAGAGGACAAAGGGGGGUACAAGAUCCUUGGAGGGACCAAGACGAACGCGAAUGGCACUCUCCAAGAGUACAUGUGCAUUGACGAAGGAGAACUCGAAGAGGCACCAGAACACCUCUCCUCCGCCGAAGCGGCUGCUUUUGUCCUUACCGGACUGACCGCAUGGAGAGCAGUCAUGGUCAAAUGCGGCGAAAAGAAUCUCAAACCGGGCAAGAACAUAUUGAUUACAGGUAUUGGCGGUGGAGUAGCCUUGAUGGCCCUGGAGUAUGCCACAGCGGCAGGUGCCAAUGUCUAUGUCUCGAGCGGCAGCGAAGAAAAGAUCAGGAAGGCCGUCGCCCUGGGAGCAAAGGGCGGCAUCAACUACAAGGAGCAGGGUUGGGAAAAGAAACUACAGGGCAUGUUGCCGGCAGAGAACAAACAGUUGGACGCCAUCGUUGACGGUGCUGGUGGAGACAUCGUUUCCGUCGGUGCCAAGCUGCUCAAGCCAGGUGGUGUGAUCUCCAUCUAUGGAAUGACCAUAGGGCCGAAGAUGCCUUUCCUUAUGCAAGCAGUCUUGAAAAAUAUCGAGGUCAAAGGGUCGACCAUGGGAUCGCGAAAGGAAUUCAAAGAAAUGGUAGACUUCAUCAAAGCCAACAAGGUCAAGCCGGUAGUGUCGCGGGUCGCCCAAGGCUUUGAUCUGGAUGCCAUCAACGGCUUGUUCGAGGAAAUGAAGAAAGGAAGCCAGUUCGGCAAGUUGGUCGUCGAGAUUUCCAGAGAAGGCGCUGAAAGUAAACUGUGA